AUGGACACUGAUGCUAGCCCCGCCCUCUCAUACAAUGACCUCUACGAACUGAUCGUGAAGUUCAGAACGGGCCACUUCCAGCGUGUAAUGGAGCUGGGAAAUCAGGAGAAACUUAACGAGAGAAAGGCAGCAGACAUCGAACGCAAGAGGAGGGCCAUAAAGGAGGAUUCGGUGGGCAAGUCGCAGGAUGAGAUCGCAAAGCUAAUGGACGCUGCUGAGAAGGAUGUAGAGCAGAUGAGCUCGAUGCAGGACUGGUCAGUUUCACAUGGGCUCAAGAAGGCCGACAAGAUUAUUGAGGAUACUCUGAAGGAGCUCAUAGAGCACGCUGACCAGUUCCCUGAGAAGCUACUCAAAAUUAUCCCUGACCCCUACCAAAAAACCGUACGUGAGCACGCAGCCAAGACUAGCAAGCAAUAAAAGAACAUGCCUAUUUGUGGAACAGCAGGCAUCAAGUAAAUGAAGUAGGCUAGAUAGUCUCAUCUUGCUGCCAUAGUUUUGACUUACCCGAGGUGUGCCAACAAAGCACUAGCAAUGGUAGAGCAUAGGAUUUUGUCAUAAAAAUG